AUUAACUGCACCUUAGUCUGGCAGUAAGCUCAAGCGAGUCAAAAGGGGAAAGCUGCAGACUGAAGUCUUUGAAUCAGCGGGCACAGCACAACAGAUAUGUUAGCAAUAUCAUUCAAGAUGUUCCCGUUUGUCUCCUAACAGCAUCGCAGAAAUCAAGUCUACCCUUUCCUCUCUUUGUGUCUCCCAUUCACUUGAUUCCAUUCCAAUCUCUCCAUUUCUCUUCCACUUUUCCCAUUACUUAUUCCUCUGGCCUAUUCUCCUUGCCCAAAACCUUUUCUCUUUCUCUUUCCAAAUUAAAACGGUCAACAGUCACGACUAUUACUCAUAACAUACUUUCAACUUGAAAACCAAAGUUAGGCAGUCGCAGGAACAGAAAAUGGCUCGAGGAGUUGGUGGAUUUGGUGGUGGGGGUGGACAAUGGGCAUUUUAUGGCCAAGGCGGGCCGGAUCCUUGGCCACCAGUAGGCCGCGAUGGCAGAACCCGAAGAGGAAGGAGGGGAAGAGAGGGGGAUGAUUCUGAUGUUGCUGAAAGAAUGCUCCGCCCAAGACGGGUGCCGAUGGAGGGACUCUUGCAGGGACGCCUACCCUUGGGGCGAAAUAAUGGUCAAUCACAGGGUCUCAUGGCUGGGACUGGAAUGCCUAAUGGAAGACCUGGGAGAGUGCCCGGUGGAAUCGGAGGGCCUGGAGCGGGACCUAGUAUAGUUGGAGGAUCUGGUGCCGCUGGAGGUGCCGUGGGAGGAGCUGGUGCUGCAGGGCUUCAAGCCAUGGGGGGUCAGUUGCCAGGUGCGAGAGGCCUCCUAUCAGGCGGCAGGAGGGAUCGCACCAUAGCGAGGCAAGCCCAAUUUCCAGGAAUAGGUGGCGGGUUGAACCCCAUGAGAGCUCAACUUCAAGGAUCUGGAGGACUUCCAGUAGGCGGUAGGAUGAAUCAGAUCGCCGCGAUGCAAGCUCAGCUGCAAGGACCUGGAGGAGGAUUUUUUGCAGCCGGCAGGGGGGCCCGAAGGGCAGCCCUACUGGCGGCCCUGAGAACUCAACAGCAAGGUGCCGGAGGAGCAAAGGAAGAGGGCAAGGGCAAGGGCGACAAGUGAGGUAAGUGCAAGGUGAGAACAAAGACGUAAGACCUCUGAGGUCGGCGGGAAUGGAUUUGCUUUCGAUGUGCUUCAGACGAGGUAACACCAAGAAAAUUACAUCAACAUCUCCACUUGGACCGUGGUCGUGAAUGUGAAAGGACUGACGCG